GAACCUUCUGUUGACCUUUUCCUCACACGGCUAUCGUCUGACAUGCUAACGUGAAGAUGUGCGAAGUGAAGAUUUGACGUAUUGAUGAGUCAUGGCCAGUAAUGACAAUAAUAGCUCGGUAGAAGAGAGGACAGCAGAAGAGGCAGUGACGGUGCCCCCCAAUCCAGUGGACAUGGAAGCGGCAUCUCAGGCAGAUACCCGAAAGCCUCCAAACACCCAACAAAGCAAUGGCAGGCAGAGUUCUCCCACAGUACCACCAUCAACUGAUGUGAACAGAAACAGAGUUGAAGCAAGUAAAGCUGACAGAUCACUCAGUCAGACAGGGUCUGCUGUCGUUGGGAACCUGUGCUCCGCUGAAGGGGUUGAUGUCAUGGAUAAAGAUGAGGACAUUGUGAUGAUACCUCAGGGGCAGAUGGAGGAAGAGCAAGACAACCAUGCUGUGAACAAGGUUUAGAACAUUACAUAUAUA